AUGUCUCAAUUAAAGCUUUCCUCUUCUACCGAAUCUUUUUCAAGCAACAAAAUAAAUAACUUACAAAAUGUCCAGGAUUCUAGUGAAAUCAUUAAUGAUGGCGGCGGCGAUCACUUGGUAGAUGAAAUAAAAGCAACAUGUGAAUUACAAUGGUCAAAUUUGGUACAUGCUGAAAUUAUAUCUGUUACAAGCGCAAUGAGAAAAAAUUCUCGAUGGUCUGGUAUGAACGUAACUGGUUUAAAUAUGGGUGGAUUAGGUAUAAACAUGGGUUUAAGAAGAGUUUAUGUUGCUGAGAUAGGUUAUAGAAAUCAAGAAAGUCCAUUGCUGAUUGGUUUUUCAAACCUUAGAUCUCAUUUAUCAACUAUUUCAGGAUUAAAUGAGAUUGAUGCAGUGGCAUUACUAGAGCCUUUUCUGGAAGUUAUCAAAUCUGGAGAUACGAAUGGUCCUAUAACUGCAACAGCACUUGGAAGUGUGGAGAAAUUUUUGACAUAUGGAAUUUUAAAUAUGAAUUCACCAAAUCUGCCUCAAGCAAUGUCGAUGCUAUCAUCUGCUGCAACUCAUUGUAAAUUUGAAGGAAGUGAUUCUGUAUCAGAUGAAUUUGUGCUCUUGAAAAUUUUACAGGUGCUAAGAUUAUCUUUAACUUCUGAAGUUGGUCGAGUCCUUAGCGAUGAGGCUCUUUGUGUUAUGAUGGAGACUGGUUUAAGCAUGUGUUGCCAAAUGAGACUUAGUGAAAUGCUGCGUAGAUCAGCAGAACAUACAAUGAUUGUAAUGGUUCAAAAUAUGUUUGAAAGACUCAAAUCUUUGGAGGAAAAACCAUCGUCAUUAUUUUCUCGUGAAAACGGUGACGGUGAAAAUGGCUCUUCUCAAGAUUUACAAGUUCGCAUGGCACCACCAGAUCCAAAAUCACCUCAUCUUCCUUUAUCCAUGGAAAACAUCACUGAUCCAUUCAAUAAUAUUAGCAAUAAUAACACAAAUACUAUUUCAAUUUCUAAUAAUGAUGAUUUGGUAAAGUUAGAUAGAAAAGGAGAAGAGGUGGUAGAAGAUGACGAGGUGGAAUCAAAUUAUGAAAUUUUGACAACUCAAGAAGGGAGAUUAUCAACCGCUUUGAAUGAAGAAGAAAAAGAAUCAGACCCUAAACCAUUUGGAGUACCUUCAAUACGUGAAUUACUUCGUGUUCUCAUAUCAUUACUCAAUCCUCACGAUCAUCAACACACUGAUACUAUGCGACUCAUGGCUCUUGGUAUUUUGAAUGUGGCAUUUGAAGUCGGUGGUCGGACGAUAGGUCGAUUUGAAGUUUUACGUAAUCUUGCUGUCGAUGAAUUGUGCAAAUAUCUAUUCCAAUUGGCACGUACAGACAACAUGAUAUUGUUAUCAUUAACAAUUCGUGUUAUCUCAACAGUUUUCGGCACACUUCGCCCAUAUCUUAAAUUACAACAAGAACUUUAUCUAUCAUUUUUAAUUGAAAGGUUAACACCACCAUCGUACAGUUUAAGAUCUCUUGCAUUAAAUGAGGUAUUUGCUAGUUCUAACACCGAUAAUUCUCUGCAACUUGAUCCUGGCAUUCCAAUAUCACCAAAUCGUGAGCAACGUAAUUUUAAAAUGAGUGAUGUUUCAUAUGCUACUGGUGAAAUCCGUGAAUUAUUGUUAGAAUCAUUGGGACAAUUUGCUAGAGAGUCUUCUUUCAUGGUUGAUUUGUGGGUUAAUUAUGAUUGUAAUGUUGAUUGUGGCGAUUUGUUUGAGGAGGUUAUUAAAUUCUUAAGUAAGAAUUCUUUCCCUGACUCCGUUGGAUAUUCUGUGAGCAAUUCACAUACAAUAUGUUUUGAUGCACUUUUAAUGUUUGUAAAUCAUAUGAUAGAUCGGUUACAGGAAAAUGUUAAUAAUGCAUCUAGUUGUGAAUUAUCUUGGGAUCAAUUGACAGCAGCUGAUUAUAAUUCAGGAUUAAAACCAAAGCGUAAACAACAAAAACAAAUAUUACGUGAAGGGGCAGCAAAAUUUAACGAAAGCCCUAAAGCAGGAUUAGAAUUUCUUAAAGCAAAUAGGAUUAUUUAUAGUGAUAAUACGGUCGAUGAAAAUACUAGUACUGCAAUAUUUUUAAAAUCAACACCACGUCUAAAUAAAAUUGUUCUUGGUGACUUUUUAUCAAAACCUUCAAAUUUUGAAAUUUUAAAAGCUUUUGUAAAACUUUUUAAUUUCCAAGGAAAGAGAAUUGAUGAAGCCAUGAGAGAAAUGCUUGAAUCAUUUAGAUUGCCGGGUGAGGCCCAACAAAUUGAAAGAAUCAUGGAAACAUUUGCUAUAACUUAUUUUGCUACUAAACCAGCUGAAAUUGCAUCACAAGAUGCUACAUUUGUUUUAGCGUAUUCAGUUAUAAUGUUGAAUACUGAUUUACAUAAUCCACAAGUUCGGCGACGUAUGACAAUUGAAGAUUAUAUGAAAAAUUUAAGAAAUGUUAAUAAUGGACAAAAUUUUGAUACAGAAUAUUUGCAUGCCAUUUAUGAUGCCAUUCGUAAAAAAGAAAUAAUAAUGCCUGAAGAACAUGAAGGUCAACUUGGAUUUAAUUACGCAUGGAAAGAAUUGUUACAUAGAGCCGAAAGUGCAGGACCAUUUAUAAUAUGCGACGUUUCUUUGUAUGAUAAAGACAUGUAUACGACAGUAUGGAGACCUACAGUGGCAGCUAUUUCCUAUGCUCCAGAUGAUGCGACUUUACAAAAGGCUAUUAAUGGAUUUCACCAAUGUGCAUUAUUAUCAGCUCAAUAUAAAUUAUAUGAAGUCUUUGAUUAUAUAAUUAUGUCAUUGGCAAAAAUGACAGGACUGCUUGGUUCCAGAUAUUCUAAUGAGACUGCCAGUAAUCCAAUUAUUAAAGUUCAAGGUAUUGAAAUCACAGUAAGUGACUUAGCAAUUCAAUUUGGAAGAAAUUAUAAAGGACAAUUAGCUGCUGUUGUUUUAUUUGCCGUUGCUAAUGAACAUGGAAAUGUAUUAAGAGAUGGAUGGAAAUAUAUUUUAGAAAUUAUAAAGAAUCUUUUUGUAAAUUCAUUAUUACCAAGUUCAAUGAUACAAGUGGAGGAUUUUUUGGCCGGUACAACAACAAUUCCGCUUAAACCAAAAACCACCAAUACAUUUCCAAAGCAAGAAAGACGUGACAAUUCUUUAUUAUCGGCAUUAUCAUCUUAUUUAUUAUCACCAUAUUCAAGUAAUUACGAAUCUUCAAGAAGUGCACCUACAGAAGAAGAAAUAGAAUGUACCAUGUGUACAGUUGACUGUGUUAAAGCAUGUCACUUGGAUGACAUAUUUGCUGAUAUAAGAACUUUAGGACAAGAAUCACUUGAAAAUCUUAUGAAGGCACUUAAAUUCAUUGCAGAUGGAAAUACAACAACAAAAACCAGUAAUAAUAAUAAUACCACCACUACUAAAUUAUCUUAUCCACCAACACCUCAUACCACAUACUCACAACGACAGUCACCGAAAAGCAAAUCUCAAAAUAAUAGUAUUCUGUUAGUUGAGAGAACAGUUGUUGCAUUGCUUAGAUUGUGUAUUCGUCUGACACAUAAAGAUGACAUGGUAUUUGAUAUCUUGCUAGCAUUAGAACUAUUAGCGACAUUACCACAUGACGUAAUAAAUUCUGUUGGUGAACAAAUGAUGGCAGGAAUAUUAAAUAUCAUUAAAUCAGAUCCAUCAUGUAUCAAAGGCAAAAGGCCAUGGGAAUCAGUAUUCAAAUUACUUAGAGCAACAUCAACACAUCCGCAAGCAUCUAAAUAUUCAUUUGACGCCAUUACAUUUUUGAUUAAAGAAAAGAAAAGUAUCAAUCUUGAUAAUUUUAAUGAUUGUGUGGAACUUUUGGCAGAAUUUGCUUCAGCUGCUACAUUUCCAAUAGACCAACAAGAUCAACAGUUUACUGAAUUAUCAAAUCCAAAGAAUUUAAGAGCUAACCUUACCAAAACCCAAUCAGCUAUUAUAGAUAGAGCAAAAGAAGCAGUUGUAUUGAUGAAUAUGUUGUAUAUGGAAAUACCAAACUUACUAAGUGAAACUGGGAAAUCGCCAAGAGAAGCAUGGUCAAAUUAUUGGUUACCAAUAUUAACAGGAUUUAGUCAACAAUGUUAUAGUCCAUGUCUUGAAGUUAGACAAAAUGCGAUAUCAUGUUUGCAACGAUCGCUUUUAAAUCCACAACUUGUAUCACAUGGUGGUACAGAAUGGGUAUUGGUAUUUGAUCUUGUGCUGUUCCCAUUGUUGGAUCAACUAUUAAAACCAGAAAUCUAUCAAGCCGAUCCAGUUGGUAUUGACGAGUCUAGAAUAAGAGCAUCGGCUCUAUUAUGUAAAAUAUUUUUACAUUAUUUGAAUAGAUUGAUUGAAUGGGGUGGAUUGAUUACAUUGUGGUCUCAAGUUUUAGAUGUAAUGGAGAAAUAUAUGUUUACAGGCGAUAAUGAUUCAUUGAGAGAAGCAGUUCCCGAAUCAUUAAAGAAUAUGUUAUUGGUAAUGUUAACUUCUGGUGUUUUGAUUCCUCCAGGAUCAUCAUCAUUAAAAAAUGGAAAUAAUAAGCUUAAUGAAAAAGCAUCAAUUGAGAUAUGGGAAAUUACAUGGACAAAAAUUAAUAAAUUUUUACCAAAUCUUAAAAUAGAAUUAAAUUUAAAUUAG